AUGUCUGGCAAACAAGAGGGCGAACGAUGUUCGCCGGAAAUUAUAGCCUGCAAGGCCAUCAUCAAGAGGUUGUUCUCCAGUUCCUAUAAGAACAUAGCCUGGGUCUUCUAUGAACCAUUGGAUGCCCAGCUCUUGGGCCUGUACGAUUACCAUGAGGUUGUCAAGGAACCCAUGGAUCUAUCUACCGUCAGGUAUCGCGCGAACAGGGGCUGUUAUCAGACUGCUGCGGAUUUUGCCAAGGAUGUGCGGCUGAUUUUCUACAAUACCUAUCUCUAUACCAAUCCCGGUCACCUGUGCUAUGAGAUGGCCAAAAAGCUGCAGAUCAUCUUCGAGAAAAUGUACGCCCAGGUUCAGGUAUAUGUAUCCAAUUUAGUUGGAAUGAAUGCAGAGGAUGACAGUUCAUCCAGCUCAUCUGGUUCAUCUAGUUCAUCGGAUGAGUCAGACGAAUCGGAUUCAUCAUCGGAGGAUACAGAACAGAGCGGUACAGAGGUUUCCUCUUUAAUGGGAGGAAAUCCUAAGCAGUGGACUGCACCAGUCUACUCGGGGACUCAGAUGGAGGAGACGCCAUUUACCACCGAAGAAGAUCUCGAUCUGCAUGCCAAGAUCCAGCAGUUGGAUGGCGAAGUGCUGCUCCACGUAAUCCAUUUGAUCCAAAGGAUGGAGGGAGCCAACUACUGGAAGAAGGAGUUGGAGUUCGACAUCUGCCAGUUGAAGGUGCAAACCAAGCGCUCCAUCCUGGAGUAUUUGGUCAGCAAGGGAAUCACGGGCAAAAGGAUGCCGCGCACCAAACCCAAAUACAUCUAAAUAUUCGAAUGUGAA